GAGGCAGGACUGACUGGAAGAUGUAGCUGCCUCCACGGAAGCACCAGCAGCUGGCAGGAGUUUACCGGCUGGGCUAGCCAACAGCUAACAGCGGCAUUUGACAAUGCGAUGGGUAACUGCUGGGCUUACUGUGUGGGGCUCUUCAGGAGGGAAGCCAGCAGGAUCCAGAGAGGCGGCGGGUCUAAAUACUUCCGCAGCAGUACCACAGGGGAGCAUUACACAAUAGAGUUUGAAAAUCUGGUGGAAAGCGAUGAGGCUGAGAGCCCGCAGCCCUGCCCCAGGCCCAUCAGUGAAGACGAGAUCAAGCACCUCAGAGAACAUCGCUACGCCGCCAUCUCCGACAAGCAGAUCCUCAUCGACCAAAAGCUACAAGCUGAGUUAGAGGCACAAGAGGAGAAGUUAAGGCUAGAAGAGGAGGCUAGAAAUGCCGCCCAGCGUGAGGCCGCCAGGCUGGCACGUGAACGAAAAUUGAAGGAGCUGUCUGCCCAGAGGACACGGGGGAGAGCAGAUGGCUCCGGCGGUGAAAGCCAGCAAAGAAAACGAUCCUCUGGGGAGGAUUUUGACGUCUACCUCCAGAAUGUUAAAGCGCAGUCGGAGGCGUUCAGGAGCAACAGACUUCCCUCCGACACAAACGCAGUGACUCCCAACACAGAGUGCAGCUGGGAUUUCACCACCAAGACCCGCUCCACCAACGAUGACGGGACCUCGCUGGAUCUGGAGUGGGAGGACGAGGAAGGAAUCAAUCGUGCACUUCCAGUCUGGGAGAGGUCUCGGACGGAGGAGGACAUCUUGCGUGCAGCCCUGAGGCCCGGCGGCAAGCAGAUGAACAGCGGGCCGACCUCGGCCUCCGAGGACUCCAACGCGCUGGAGUGGGAGAACGAUUUUGUGAGUACCCACCCGGAGGACAAUGCAGACGCCGAGUUCGAAGGGUUUGUCAAUCCCGUCCUGGACACUCCCUCCGAGGACGCCUCGGACUGUGGCCUCAGGUCGGACAACCAGGACAGAUAGUGUCCAGCACCAAAGGAGACGUUCGUGGCGCCCUCGUCGUGUUUAAAGCUCACCAGCUUGUCGCCUCAUGAAACAGAAAUGUACUUACAUGCUCACAUUUAUUUUCUGUGAUGAGACUGUGAUGCUGCGGGAAUGUGUCGUGUUUCUUCUUCACUACAGGACAGUGUAGUGAGGUUUUAAUCCAAACACUCAUUUUUUUCAGUGCCUUCAUUUGCUAAAUUAGCCAACCAUCUUGUGCAUUGUGACUGAUUAGUUACAUACAUUUUACACAUUGUUCAAUAAGUGCUUGUUUUCAAUGCACAGCGACCCGGUGAUCGAACCAACACGCUGCCCGGUGGAGCCGAUGUUAAAUAUUCUCACUGAUGGAACUGGACAUACUUCACUGGUUAUAGUGAAACUGGUUUUGCAGACUUAUUUAUCAAGGUAUGCUUUAAGAUCUCCAGAAGGAAUUUUUGUUUUUUUUUCUUUACCUCUCCUAACUAUUUAGCAGCAGCAGACAAACAGUGCCUGGACCAAAUGCAGCUCUGAGGCCGGUGCCUCGCUCCGUGGCAGGAUGGGACUUCUCCUGCAUGUCUUUUUGGGUGGGAAGAAACUAGAGCCUGACCGAUAUAUUAUCAGCCAAUGCUGGCCUACGACAGAUACAUCGGUUUAUCUGUGUACAUUGUUGAAAUGAAAGUGUUAUUUACGGUAUAAAGUGCAAAAAAAACAAACAGUGCUUGGGCUAAUUUAGAAAAGGUGUCAUGACUCAGUUUGUCCAGCAGAGUGCGCUCCAUUGUUUACAAUCCUCUCCGUGCUGUGUGCAGCACAUGUAGCAGAGUGUGCUUCAGAGCUGAGCCGACACGAAUGUUUUUUAUGGUGAAUUGCUGACUUCUCUGCUGAAAAAUGAAUGAUCAUAUUCAUCCUUUAUAACUCUAACAUACAUUUAAAGAAAAUCAGCUGAUACAUCGAUAUCAGAAAGUUGUUUACUCCUAAAAUCGCCAAAAAAGUAUCGGUCAGGCUUUAGGAAAAAACCCACAAAAGCACAAAACUACAGAACCUACAGAAAAAAAAAAUCCUCACUUUGCCGUCCAUGUCUCAUUUUCCCUUUAUUUUAUUGCAUGAUAGCAACGGAGCAGAUUUCCAUGUAAAGGUCGCUGAAGACUAAACAUUUCGAUGAACGUUACAGCUUCUGUUUGGGCGCAAAGACGGGACUCAGGACUGUUUCAUCACUCGUUCGAGGUGGCGGAUUGUCAUUACAAGUUCUUCACAGCAGCAGAUUGGUGACACAAAAUAAUCAUCUCUCUCUCAUACUUGCAAAAUCAUUUUUGCUGCUUGUUUGGCAGCGAGCGCUGAUAAACCGCACGUCAGCCAGCAGCUAACGGAGGAGUCACAGUGCGUCAUCAGUGCAUGUAGUCUGCUGAGAAAGCUGCGCUCACUGCAGUGACCUCAGGCCUCAUAAAUCUGUGAUCUUGUAUUCAGAGGCCUCUUACGGUGCAGUGUUCUGUUGCCAACAUGGGACCCAUCGAAUGACAAAUACAUAUCACUCAAACUGGUAUUUACCGAUAUUAUAAUUGAUCAACAAUUAGCUUUUCCUUUGUGAUGAAAUGUUUCAGUCUGUCAGUGCGCUGGAGAAAUAAAAGCAAACCGCAAGCAGAGCAUGAACGCUUUUGCAGUGACUUAUGUAAUAUUAUAAGAGAAAUGCCCCCAAAAAAGCCUGAGUGUUAGAAAAACUACUGAGCUGUUAAUAGGAGACGUCUAAACUGGAAUCACUGUUGUUCAGCAGCUACAGAAGAAAGACACUGCUGGGGGUUUUGUUUUGGCAUUUGUUCAGGAGACAAAUCAUUUUUGAGUGGAACAAAUAUGCAUUUAAUCUGCUAUGAAAUCCAAACCAGUCGAUCUGAACUGAAAACAUCCAUAAAUCUUAAACUGCACAUAAUGAAAGCAAUAUUUUUUUGGAGUGCGAGACCGGCAUUGAAACGGCCAAACGAUGUAAACGGUUCCUAUGAUUUAUCCGAUGCUGCUCUACCAAGGAAUCCACUGUACGUUUUUAUAUUCUGACCCGUCACGUAUGACUGUCACACUGAUCAUUUGUUUAAAUCAAAAGUAGUUUCCUGGUUCACUGCACUGUGUGGAUGUUUAGUUUAUUUGUUGAUCAGCUCUUAGAAAACUGAAAUGAUUCACUGAUGUGAAGAGGAAAACCCCGAUGUGCACUAAUGUCCAAGUGUGUAGACGAGACACUGGUUGAUUUGCAGAGAUUUUACUUCUUAAUAUUUGAAGGUAUAGUAUUGUUUUUCCUUUUUUUUUUUUAAAUAUAUCAAUAUUAAGUUUUGCUGUGAUUGUAUGAUCUUUGAUUAAUCACUGUAAAUUUCUGUAAAAACAAAGUACAAUUUCACAUUCCUUGUCACACUGAGCUUAUGAGGAAAAAAAUAAAAUGUAGAAAAAACAAAA